CAUCCGCUGCGGUUGUCAGGGAUUUUGCCUUCACUGGUAGCCUGGUAACAUACACUCCCAGGUCUUUCUCUGCCUCUGUGGUGGAUAGUGGAGUGUUUCCCAUGUGGUAUUGGUGUGCUGGAUAUCCCUUCACUGGUAGCCUGGUAACAUACACUCCCAGGUCUUUCUCUGCCUCUGUGGUGGAUAGUGGAGUGUUUCCCAUGUGGUAUUGGUGUGCUGGAUAUCCCUUCACUGGUAGCCUGGUAACAUACACUCCCAGGUCUUUCUCUGCCUCUGUGGUGGAUAGUGGAGUGUUUCCCAUGUGGUAUUGGUGUGCUGGAUAUCCCUUCACUGGAAGCCUGGUAACAUACACUCCCAGGUCUUUCUCUGCCUCUGUGGUGGAUAGUGGAGUGUUUCCCAUGUGGUAUUGGUGUGCUGGAUAUCCCUUCACUGGUAGCCUGGUAACAUACACUCCCAGGUCUUUCUCUGCCUCUGUGGUGGAUAGUAGAGUGUUUCCCAUGUGGUAUUGGUGUGCUGGAUAUCCCUUCACUGGUAGCCUGGUAACAUACACUCCCAGGUCUUUCUCUGCCUCUGUGGUGGAUAGUGGAGUGUUUCCCAUGUGGUAUUGGUGUGCUGGAUAUCCCUUCACUGGUAGCCUGGUAACAUACACUCCCAGGUCUUUCUCUGCCUCUGUGGUGGAUAGUGGAGUGUUUCCCAUGUGGUAUUGGUGUGCUGGAUAUCCCUUCACUGGUAGCCUGGUAACAUACACUCCCAGGUCUUUCUCUGCCUCUGUGGUGGAUAGUGGAGUGUUUCCCAUGUGGUAUUGGUGUGCUGGAUAUCCCUUCAGUGGUAGCCUGGUAACAUACACUCCCAGGUCUUUCUCUGCCUCUGUGGUGGAUAGUGGAGUGUUUCCCAUGUGGUAUUGGUGUGCUGGAUAUCCCUUCACUGGUAGCCUGGUAACAUACACUCCCAGGUCUUUCUCUGUCUCUGUGGUGGAUAGUGGAGUGUUUCCCAUGUGGUAUUGGUGUGCUGGAUAUCCCUUCACUGGUAGCCUGGUAACAUACACUCCCAGGUCUUUCUCUGCCUCUGUGGUGGAUAGUGGAGUGUUUCCCAUGUGGUAUUGGUGUGCUGGAUAUCCCUUCACUGGUAGCCUGGUAACAUACACUCCCAGGUCUUUCUCUGCCUCUGUGGUGGAUAGUGGAGUGUUUCCCAUGUGGUAUUGGUGUGCUGGAUAUCCCUUCACUGGUAGCCUGGUAACAUACACUCCCAGGUCUUUCUCUGCCUCUGUGGUGGAUAGUGGAGUGUUUCCCAUUGUAGCAGCCACUUUUUGUUCCGUUCCUGUAGCUUGGUGAGGUCUGGUAGGAAAUCCACAGUCUAGGGGUUCAG